UCAAUUCUCCAUUCUAUAAACUACCAUUAUCCUUUGUUUUGAUUAUACAGUAUACACAUUUCUUUCGAAAGCCAAAAGAAUAACAAAAUUUGCUAAAGACAUCAUGGAGGCACAAUUGCACCGUCCACAGGAUACAGGGUUGCACUCAGGAGAAGGACAUGGUCAAGUUCAUGAUGAAGGUGAUCAUCAUCAUAAGCAAUCGGUGUUGAAGAAAGUUAAGGCAAAGGCGAAAAAGAUCAAGGAUCAUUUAAAACAUGGUCUUGGACACGAGCAUGGCCAUGAACAUGAACAUGAACACGAGCAGCAUUCACAAGAAGAAACUGAUGAAGAAGAAAUGGAGGAAGGUGCAGAAGUUCAUGGUGGACCAUAUGCUAUUAGGAGUAAAGAUAUUCCAAAAGAGGAAGUUGUGUCAAUGGGCAAUUUAGAGAAUCCAACUAGCCCUAAGGAGGAUCGUUAUGAUUCUAAGAUGAAAAAUGAAGACGUGCAUAGGCCGAUUUUGCAGAGGCAAGACGAAUUUGCGAGGCCACCGGGGAUUCACUUCCCCGAAGAAAGGACCAAGGGCAUUGAUGAUUAUGUUGGUUCCGUUGGAAAACAUGAACAUCAAGGACUUGGAACAGCACCAAUAGGCGUAGUGGAUCAUCAUACCGCUGCCGAGACUAAGGGCUUUGAUCAUCAUGUUACUGCCCCUGGAGCACAAGGUCAUCAACGAUUGCAGGGGCAUGAAAAUAUUAUUGGAGCACCAAUAGGGCUAGUGGAUCAUCAUGCUGCUGCCUCUCACAGACCUAUUACUACUGCUGCUGAAACUCAUGAGACUAAGGGCUUUGAUCAUCAUGUUACUGCUCCAGGAGCACAAGGCCAUCAAGGACUGCAGGGGACUGAAAAUAUUAUUGGGGCACCAACAGGUUUGGCGAAUCCUCACGCUUCACACUUACAUGAACAGAUGCAUAUGCCACCUGUUGUUACCGACACAGGAGCCCGUGGCCGUGGGGAACUAAAUGAUCAAGGACUGCAGGGGCACAAAUUUAAAGUACUAACAGGUUUAGAGGAGGAUCCUAACGUUCCUAAAGACUAUCCAAAUCCAACAAACUAUCAAAGCAAAGUCACCGAUCCAACAGGCGCCAACAAUGAGGAGGCAGGAGUUAGCCCGCUUGUUCAAUCGUUUGAAAAAAUGGGUGUGAACGAUGUUCCGGAAGCAACACGAAUGAGAACAGAGCCAAAAGCAGGGGAUUUUCAAUUUGAUCAUGGAACAGAACGUAGACAGUAUACAGGAUCACAUGAUCAAUUUGCUCCACAAGAGUCGCCUACUGUUUUCCCCUCGGUUGGUGAAGAUACUGAAUCAAUUCCUAAGAGUAUGAAUCCGAGCAAUCCACAAGAUUUACCUCAGGACACACUAACUGGGAAACCAGGUAGCUAUACAGAAACUCUUUCAUCCGCAACAUCAGCAAUUGCUGACAAGGCGGUUGCUGCUAAGAACAUUGUCGCCUCCAAACUCGGGUAUGGUGGAACCGAGGAGGAAACUCGGGUGACAGGAGGCGACGCGACGAAAACAACCUCAGCAACUGAAUAUGCACAAAAAGCUGCAAGCACGGUUGCAGAAAAACUUGCUCCCGUUUAUGAGAAAGUAGCGGGUGCUGGUAGCACAGUCAUGGCGAAAGUUACAGGACAUGAAAACAGGGGAGGUGUAGAUGCAGAGCAUGAAGUGAGGACAGAUAAAGGGGUGUCAAUGACGGAGUAUUUAGCAGAGAAGCUCAAGCCCGGAGAGGAAGACAGAGCACUUUCUGAAGUCAUUUCAGAUUCACUUUCAAUACAGAAGGAGAAAACAGAGGAAACAGAGGAGGCAAAGCCAAUGGGGAAGGUGACCGAAUCAGUGGAAGUUGAAAGGCGAUUGGGUCCUAUUGAACCCAAAAAGAAAGAAGAAGUAGUUGGUUCUUCUGGAGAAACAAAAGUUGGUGAAAAUUUGGGACAGGGGGUGAUGGAUAGGGUUAAAGGUGCUGUAAGUACAUGGCUUGGGAAAGGUGCUGAAGCACAGGCAAAUGAUUCUGCCGCCAGUGGAGGCGCUGUUGUUGGGGGAGGGGUUGAAUGAUCAAACGAUGUUUUGAAGUUGUUAUAACUAUGAAUACUUGACUUCUAUAUGUGUUUUAGCCUAAUUUUCUGUGUUUUCUUUAUGUUGGUUCUGUUUAUUGGAAAACUCAUCAGGUAGCUGAUAAAGUUGUAUCUUUGCAUAUUAUGUCGUUCUGUAAGUGUGUACUCAGAUAUUACAUGUGACUUUGUGUAUCUAUAUAUUGUUGUAUCUUUCCUUUCAA